AUGGACAAUUACCCUCAGUUUUCCUCACCCGACGGCGCGACGCACUCCGUCGCGUACGCGGUCGUGGAGACCACGGACGCGGAGGCGUCGCUCGCGCGCGCGGACGAGAUCAUCCCGGAGAUGCGCGCGUUCAAGCUCGCGAACGCCACGGUCGACGCGUGCCUCCUCGCCGUCGUCGACAUCGUGAAUUUGACGUCGACGCUUCUCGUCUGCGGACGGAUCGAGGCGCGUCGUAGUAUCACACUGGCGUCGCUCUCCGUCGCCGCGUACGGCGGCGCGCUGACGCACGACGGCACACGGCUCGCGCUUCCCGGGCUGGUGUCGCGGAAGAAGGACUUCGUGCCCGCGCUGACGAAGGCGGUGACCGCGGGGUGGAACCCGCCCGCGGACGUCGUGCGAGAGCACAGCGCGGAACGGCCCUCGGCGGAGGACGACGACGGCGGAGAGGAGAGGAGCACGACCAAGACCCCGGCGCAAGAGGGGGAGGUGACGAAGAGCGCGAUGAAGCGCGCGAGGAGCAUGGUGGACAUCGCCCGCGGGGACGUGGUCGUGGAUUACAGCGAUGAGCCGUCGGGGAAGCUGGUGCGGAGGCCGACGCCGGAGCCGGCGAGCGGCGGCGGCGCGGGCGCGUGAUGAGGGCCGUUCUAUACGAGCGAACGUCGGGGUGGAGUUGAAAGGCGUCAGAAGCGGAGUUGAAAGGCGCCGAGGGUGGGUAUUGUGAGCGAGGUCCUUAAGGAUCGGCGUUCACAACGCCGACGCGGUCGUAUGGGGACCAGUGUGAGAUAGGACGCGCCUGAGCGCGAGGGAUCGCGCCGGGAACGCCGGGAACGACGUGGGGGAGCGCGGACGCGCGAUGGCGAACGGCGGGACGAGACGGACGGCGAAGACGAGACGCGGGGAGGCUUGGCGCGCGCGCGGGCGGCGAAACGGUCGCCGAGACGCCGCGGUCGCCCCGGGAGCGAUCGGAGCGAGCGAGAAGGGGUGUUCAACACGACGACUCUACUAAACC